CACACCACAGAGAGAUUGCUAAAAUAAAAAGUCGACACAAAUUGCUGAGGAAUUCCGAUUGGCAAAUCUUUGAUUUCUCUCUCGUUUGGCUGCGUGCUGAUUGCCCCAAGAGCCCGUAAAACACCGUCGUCCUUGGUCCUUUUGUGGGCCUCCCUUUGUCCUUUAUUUUUUUUUUGUAUUUUUUUUUUGCCUUUAUAUAUACUUUGUACUCCUGUACUUUGUACUCUUUGUCCUCUUUGGCACCGCCAAAUGGUAAAAUGCUGAAUGCUGAUGGCUGAUGGCUGAGGCCUUACCUUAUUUAUUUGGGAAUUGGCGUUGUCUGGCUUUGGAAUCGGUUACUUUGUCUUUGGCCAAUAUUUGCAUAGCAAAUAGAAGCCGAAUAGAGACACAAUGUGCUAGCUGCUUAUCGUUAGAUGCUUAUCAUUGUAGUCCUUAGUCCUUAGUCCUUAGCUCCCUUUAGCCUAUAUCCGUUCCCUUUGGCAAUGGCAAUAUGUUAAUAAUGCCCUGGUAAUUAGCCAAAAGUCGGGCUUCGGGUAAUUUGCCAAACAGCGUCAACUAAUUAAAUCACGUAGCAAAUGCAUAAAAACAAAGCGAUUCGUUCUAUCUCUAAUUUCAUCCCUGUGGCCCAAAGCCAACUUUUAGGCAAAUUAAUAGGCCAAGAAAAAGAAGGCUGACUGGCUGGUUGGUUGGCUGGUUGGCUGGCUGCCUGGUUGGCUCAGACAAACAACAGCAAUUAGGCCUUCGGCUUGGCUCUCACAUAUGUGAGCAUUGUCUAGAGUCCCAGAAACUCCCACCAUGACCCCCAUUUCCCAUGCCCAUCAAAGGCUUAAGGGUUCGAAUAAAUUGCCUUCAUCAUCUUUCACUUUUCGCCUCUGGUCUCUGGUGUGGUCUCCCUCAUUUCUUCCUCUUUUUUUUUUAUAUCCAUACAUAUAUAUUUUCCCGCUCCUUUCAUCCGAAAGUUUCUUUUGAACACACAUUUCUAUGCCCGACACACACACACACGAGACGAAGUUUAUUAAAAUUUCCUGUCAUCUUGUGGCAUUAACACACAAAUGGAAAACUUCAAAAAAAAAAAAAAAUACAUAAGAAAAAAGAUCGCAUGGCCCUGGAAAGUUUCGAAAAACGAAAUGAAAUUAAAGCAAAUGCAUGCGAAUCUCUUAUUGAAUUAUCUACCGAAAACUUUCCACAUCUAACCAAGCACAACUCGCGCUAACUUUCCAUGGUAAACACAAUGACACUGAGUUUAGGGGUCUUUUUUGUGACAAGUUUGCGGAAGUCUUCUUGGGAAUAUUAGUUUGCAUAUGUAUGAUGAUUUAUUAGGUCAAAGUUUAGGCUUUGCAGGAAAUAUUAACUUAAAAGUCAUUUAAAUAAAAAGGAUCAAGAAAUUAGUUAGAUAUUUUACCAUUUAAGAUAGAGAAAUUCUAUGAAAUAACUUUGAUAUUCGUAGGGCACAUUCGUUAAAUAUUACCCAAUUAGAUCAAAAUAUUAAAUUAAAUUCUUGCAAGAUUAACCUUUUCUCAGACCACCUUGGAAUAUCCUUUUCCAUAAAAUUUUAUUAGUUACAUUUUCCCUGUUCGAUUGUCUGGCUUGUGGGCAACUUUUGCGGCAUUUUAAAGGACAUCGAAUCUUUCCCCUUUCCCCCUUCUUUUCUUUAGAUCCACAACCAUUGCCAUCUUGUACCGCCCAUCCUAUCCACUGGAUGACAAGUCAUGCGAUAUGUUGGCAAGGACGUCAAGUGGCCGUAUAUAGUUACAUUAACCGCACACACAGAACUGUCCUCAUUGUCGUUGUUGUUUUUGUUUUCAGCUGUUGGCUUAUUUAAGUUUCAACUUCAGCUUGAGUUUCCCUCUGUGUGUUUUUUUUUCUUCUUUUUUUUUCUGUUCUGCGCCCAGCAGCAUAGACAUUGUAUUAAAGGCGGACGACGUGCUCAAGUAUCUCAUUCGCAGCAUCCAGCGAACAGCGUUGCCAUAAGUCCCUCGGAUACCCCAGAUCCCUCAGUUAGUUGUGUAUCAUUAGCAUGAAGGAGCUGUCAGCGAAACUUUCCCAAAUUGCAGUCACACUGAGGGAAAAACGUAGGAAAUUAAAUGGUAAUGGAAAAUUGUAAGAGUUUUUAGGCAGUAAAACAUUUCAUUGCCUACUUUUGAGCGCAGCAUAAACUUUUUGCAGUUUUCAAACUAAAAUCUUUACAAAAACCAUUUAGGUUACUUAAUAGCUAUAAUUAGGAAUUAAAACGAGUUAUAAAUUUUCUGUAAGUGUAACAAAUAUUGAGGGGGCAUAAUUUUGGUGCGUGCCAAAGUGCAGGGCCAGCAGAUAGACGACGGCAAAAGCAACCCAAAAUCAAAUAAACCAUACUCGAAAUAAUGCAAUAAAUCUUUUAACGAAACUUUAAUACAGAGUGCGAAUAAAAAACGAACUCAAAUUACACAUAAAUUUCAAUUGGCCAACUCGAAGUGGUGGUGGCCUGUCGGAGGUGUAUGUAGCCAGUGGACGACGAAGGAUUUAUCGCCCGACAAUAAUAAUUAAGGCGGCCAGCCAGAGAUACACUUUUGGCAUAAUAAACUAGAACCAGAAUCGACCGCAGAUACUAACCGUUUUCGGAGAUCCAGAUAUACAGAUACUGUUGCAGAAUCGAAUACAAAUAAAGAAAUACAAAAACAGUUGGUGUUACAGAUAGAAGAGAGGCGCCACCAUGAAUGCCGCACAGAGCGGCGGCCACACGGGUGGCGGUGGCUCCAUGGGCAAGAAGGGCUCCCAAAUGGAGGAACUGGUGGCUAUUUCUCCGGAGCGCCGAAACUGGCGUGGAAUCUUCAUUGCCCUGCUGGUUAUUGCCGCCGUCUUCAGCCUGAUCAUAUUCUCGAUCUUCCUGCUGUCACCGGAGGAUGAGGGCCUGCGGAUCCGUGGUCGCCGAAUGCUGCCCAGCGACAUUCUGGGCAGGAGCCUCCAAUGGAAGCCAUUCAACGGCACCUGGAGCAAUGGUCGUGAGCUCAUUUAUCGAGAUCCAACGGGCGGCCUUUCCAUUCUCAAUAUGGCCGAUCUCACCACACGCAUUCUUAUGACCAACUCAACAUUUCGCCAAUUGAAUGCGGAAUCAUUUCUUGUGGCUCCUGACCAGAAAUACGUACUCUUGCAGUCGGACUCCAAUGCCGAGGGCUCAAGACAUCACGUAUACGAAGUGCAGACAGCCAACACAUUUCCGCUGGGACCAACGGAAAAUAUAGCGGAGGCGCCACGUCUUCAGCAUGUGGUGUGGGCACCAGUGAAUCCGCCACCACCGCUAGGUGCACCACCACCCGGUGGUUCCAAUGGUGCCAAUGGUGCCAGUACUACCACAAUGGCUCCCCUGCCCAGUGGCAGCAUAAUCCUAAACAGCCUGGCCGGAGCGGCUAAUGGACCAGGUUCAGCGGGAUCCUCGGGCUCCGCAGCCCCAAAUUCAAAUGGCAAGGCCAGUGGUUAUACCCUGAACCAAGCCAUCGCCUUUGUGCAUCACAACGACAUCUACUACAAGCCGAAAGUGCAGGGGGAACUCGUCUGCCGGAUAACUCAAUCGGGGUCCGGAUCUGAAUCACCAGACGGUGAAUCCUCAGGAGGCGUGGUCUUUAAUGGGGUGCCCGAUUGGACGUAUGAAAAUGUGCCGGAACUGGAGAGCCGGAAGAGCAGCAUGGAGUUCUCGCCGGAUGGACUCUAUUUGGCCUUCCUCAGCUACAAUGACAGCGAGGUCAACGAGUACAAAUACACCUGGAUGGGUGACGAUAUCAAGUAUCCGGCAGUGAUGAGUCAACGCUAUCCAAAGACCGGUUCCCGCAAUCCAAAUGUGACGGUGAAUGUGGUCAAUCUCUCGGUGAUCAAGUACAUAUUUCCCACGCAAAUCAAACUGCCCGGGGAACUGUCCAAUGGUAGUUAUGUAGGUGGCUUGACCUGGGCCUCGGCCAGUGACCUUUCGGUGACGGUGACCAACCGGGAACAGACCAAGGCCACCACAGUUCUCUGCCGAGCUCCACAUUUCCAUUGCCAGGCAGUGCACACGGAGGUGACCAUCAAUGAUGGCUGGGUUUUGCCAGCCGAGCGACCCAUCUUCUCGGCCCGCAAUCAGGUGCAGAAACAGUUGGCCAAGGGCUUCCAGAAUCCGGAGGAACUUCAGCCGGAAAGUCAGAAUUUGAACAUAACAGAUGGACAGACGCAUGAGAUCAGCAAUGGUGGCUAUCUGUUGAAACGUUUGCCAGUCCGGGAUGGUGAGCACGGGCACUAUCGUCAUGUGGUCUUCAUAUCCUCGCUGGACCGACGGCCCGUUCCUCUGACUAUGGGCAGAUUUGAGGUAACCGAAAUUGUCGGCUGGGAUGAACCGCAUGAGAUUGUGUACUUUAUGGCUGCGCCGGAGAAGAGACCAGGCGAAAGGCAUCUGUACAAGAUCAAUCUAAAACUUAAUGUUACGGAAUCGAAUAGGACAUAUAUAACCUCGACAUCGCCCACGUGCCUGACAUGCGAUAAUACAGAGUCGACGUACAGGCUUCACCGGGCCAGGAUCUCGCAGAGAGGCGAUCGAUGGGAGGAUAUUGUGGCUCGCUUGGAGCCAGACGAUUGCCUCUAUGAUAUUCCAAAGAAUUGUCUGUACAAUCGGGUGCAGUUCAGCCAGGACUAUAGCUACUAUGUGCAGGAAUGUCUGGGUCCGGAGGCGCCGAGUGUUUACCUCGUGGAGACGGCCAGUAAUGACAAGAUCUAUGUCCUGAAUGCCGGCGAUGUUCUGCGCCAUCGGUUAUCGCAGCUCGCCGUUCCACAAUCACGCACUUUCAGCGUGGAAAUCCGUCAUGGAUUCCACGCCCAGGUGCGACUCUUCCUGCCACCCGGAAUGCGAGAGGAGGAGGACGUCGCCUUUCCAUUGGUUCUCCAUGUUGACGCCUCGCCAGGAUCGCAAUUGGUAACAGAGCGCUUCCAUGUGGACUGGAACUGGUAUUUGGCCAGCCAGCGCAGCUUUAUAGUGGCCCAGAUCGAUGGCCGUGGCAGUGGCUUCCAGGGUGAGCUGCUUCGCACCCAGGUCCAUGGUAAAUUGGGCACUGUCGAGGUGGAGGAUCAACUGGGAGUCCUAACAUACUUGCGGGAUAACCUGAAAUUCAUCGAUCCUCUGAGGAUAUGCGCCUUUGGCUGGGGUUACGGUGGCUAUGCUUCCUCCAUGAUGCUCAUCGAUGACUCCCAACAGGUGCUUCAGUGUGCGGUGGCCAUCAAUCCAAUUGUCAACUUUGGAUUCCACUAUUCCUUCUUCACGGAGCGCUAUAUACCCUUGAAGGGUGACUAUUUGCGAGCUCUCCAGGAGGCGGAUCUCACGAUGAAGGCGGGCAACAUCAAGGGCCGCAACCUGAUGCUGAUGCACGGCACCGCCGACACAUUGGUGCACCAAGAGCACACAUUGAUGCUAGUUCGUGCUCUUGUGGAGCAGCAGGUUAAGUUCCGGCAUCAGGUUUAUCCGGAUGAAGACCAUGCCAUUGCCAGAUCAUUGAGCCAUGUCUACAAGACAAUGGAAUGGUAUUUCGAUGAGUGCUUCGGCCCCGUCGACGACAACGAGUGGGACCCCACGGGUCUGUUCGUGUUCAAGCAAUAAUUAAGACCCCCCUACGAUCCUUACGACGAGGAUCCGCUGGCCAAUCAGCUCAGCGACAUCGACAUCGGUCCCGCCAAACCGAAUCCGGAUGCGGAUACGGAUUCAUCUGGCGAUUCCGCCGGCAGCAAUCUGUCCACCCUGCUAACGGCCACCACGACGACCGCCUCACUGUCGGCGCUCGACGAACUGGACAACCGGCUGCAGGCCCUAGACCUAAUCACCUCCUCCACGGCCACCACUCUAAGCAAGGUCGCCGGCAAAUUGUGCAACUACAGCAGCAAGCGACGGCUCCACCAGUCGGAGGCCGUGCUAGCCCAAAAGUCGCGCAUUCUCCAGCACUAGAGGAAUCCAUCUGGGAGUCGUCCUGUGUGUGUCCAGUGUGUGUGUGUAUGUUGUCCCAGGCGGACAGAUCCAUCCUUCUUUUUCACUUUCAACGGGAGUCUUCGCGGAUGUCUUUUAUAUUUUGUUUAUAUUUAUAAAGAAAAGGUAAUUUGAUUUUUUAUAUUUUUAUAUAUUAUUUUUAUAUAUUU